UUUAUUUAUCAGUGAACGAUAUUUGACUAAUCCUAUCCCAUUCUACUUCCUUCAAGAUACUCUUUUCUAACAUUUCCCAGAAAACAACAGAUUUUGGAAUAUUAAACAAGAUUAUGACUACCCUGUUUGUAUAUUUUGUCAAAAUUUCAUUAUUAUGCUAUAUGUGUGGCAUUCUUUAUUGAGUAGAUUGCUCAACAGAUAAAUUCUUUUUCCCUUUCUGUGAUUCAGGUGUUUCUGAUUUUCUGAAAUUAUGGAGUUCUUGGAAACAUCUGAAGGCCAAUUAUAUAUUGGUGUUGCUGUUGGGCUUAUUGCUGUUAGUGCAGCUGCAUACUUCUUGUUUUCGUCCAAGAAACCCAAAGUUUGCUUGGAUCCUGAGAAUUUCAAGGAGUUUAAGCUUGUCAAGAGAACACAACUCAGCCAUAACGUGGCAAAGUUCAAAUUUGCUCUUCCUACACCUACUUCUGUGCUGGGACUUCCUAUUGGGCAGCAUAUAAGUUGCAGGGGUAAGGAUAGUCUUGGUGAAGAGGUUAUUAAACCAUACACUCCCACUACUCUGGAUUCUGAUGUCGGAUAUUUUGAGUUAGUCAUAAAGAUGUAUCCACAAGGAAGAAUGUCUCAUCAUUUCAGAGAAAUGUGUGAAGGUGAUUAUCUGGCUGUAAAAGGACCAAAGGGUCGUUUUAAGUACCAACCAGGCCAAGUGAGGGCUUUUGGGAUGCUUGCUGGAGGGUCUGGCAUUACUCCAAUGUUCCAGGUUACCAGAGCUAUUCUUGAAAACCCAAAUGACAAAACAAAGGUGCAUCUGAUUUAUGCUAAUGUGACCUACGAGGACAUUCUUUUAAAGGAACAAUUGGAUAGUCUUGCUACUAACUACUCUGAUUGUUUCAAAAUUUACUAUGUACUGAAUCAGGUCAGUUCUCUUUAUUCGUUUUUAAAAUUUUUUGUAUUUUUUUUCCUUCUUUUAUUUGGACUUCAUUUGCAUUUCGUAGCCAUUAUAUUAGCUUCACCUAAAUCAAUUGAUUUAGCUAGCUUCAAUUAUUUUACCCAUUUUUUCAUCUUCAGAAUUGGAAAUUUUGAUAUAAAUAUUAUGUGGCUUCAAUGUGUUCUCCUCUACCUUGCAAACUCCUAUUUUUUACUCUUUAUUCAAAGACACAACUAAGUUGUUUUACGGUUCAUAUAUCUUUAACUUAUUAUUUUAGUGACAGGAAAGUACAACAUAUAUUCAUGACUAUAUUUGUCGAAUUUAUGCAAUGAAUCACGUGAAAUGCCUUCUAUGUAUGUGUGUGUGUGUA